AUGGGUGUUAAUUCGAUAUCCAAUUCUCAUGAUGGUGCAGUACUGGCCAGCAGUAUUAAUGAAUAUUAUGGGGCUGACCAGGAAGCAAUUGAGCAGAACAGUAGGUUAGAGUUGGUAAGGUCUAUCACCGGUGGAAAUUCAGGAAAUGUAUUGGAAAGACUUGAAACUUUAUCUCGGGAGAUGUCUAGAAGAACUACGCGUGAUGGUAGGAUUGAAAUAGACCCAAACAAUUUUGAUUUGCAUAAAAUUUUACUGAGUUUCAUUGAAACGUCUAAGAGUCAAGGAAUCAAGUUGAGAAAGUCGGGAGUCAGCUUUAAGGAUUUGACAGUUUAUGGUGUUGAUGAAUCGUUUUCAGUUGCUGUGACUGUCUAUGAUUUGAUGAAAGGUCCAAUUGGAGGAAUUCAGAGAGCAAUUGCCAAGCGUAAGAUUCAGGACAAAAAGAUCAUAAGGAACGUGAAUGGAUAUGCUAGAAGCGGAGAAAUGGUUUUGGUAUUAGGGAGACCUGGGGCUGGUUGUUCUUCAUUUUUGAAAGCAAUUGGUGGUACUGAUUUAGAUUUAUUCACAGGAGUAGAUGGAGAUGUCAGGUACGAUGGUAUUACCCAGAAGGAAAUGUUAAAAAAUUUCAAAAACGACUUGGUAUACGUUCCUGAAUUGGAUGUUCAUUUUCCACAUUUGACCGUUGAACAAACAUUAAAGUUCGCCAUUGCAUGUAAGACUCCUGAAUUAAGAGUUAACGAUGUCAGCAGAGAAAAAUUUAUUGAUGCUUUGAAGGAAAUUUUGGCCACUGUUUUCGGCCUCAGGCAUACUUACCAUACAAAGGUUGGUAACGAUUUUGUUAGAGGUGUCUCUGGUGGUGAGCGUAAAAGAGUGUCGAUUGCAGAAGCAUUGGCAUGUCGUGGUUCAAUUUACUGUUGGGAUAAUGCUACGAGAGGUUUGGAUGCUUCUACUGCAUUGGAAUAUGCCCAAGCAAUUAGAACUUCCACAAACUUAUUGAAGAAUACGGCAUUUGUUGCCAUCUACCAAGCAAGUGAAAAUAUUUACGAAACAUUUGAUAAAGUUACGGUAUUAUAUAAAGGAAAACAAGUUUAUUUUGGUCCUGUGAUGGAAGCUAAGAAGUAUUUUGAGGAUAUGGGAUACGCAUGUCCACCAAGGCAAUCUACCGCAGAAUUUUUAACGGCUGUAACCGAUCCUAUUGGUCGAUAUACCAAGCCUGGAAUGGAGAAUAGAGUUCCUACUACAGCAGAGGAGUUUGAAGAUUACUGGUUAAAAUCUGAGCAAUACAGAUCCUUACAACAGGAAAUUCAAGAGUACAAUGAUUCAAUAGACGAGGACGAAACACGCAGAGGUUAUUAUCAUUCUCUUCAACAAGAGAAAAUGAAGUAUCUGAGAAAUAAUUCCAAGUUCACUGUGAAUUAUUUUCAACAAUUGAAGUUAUGUACAACAAGGGGCUUUCAGAGACUUUGGGGAGAUAAAGCCUAUACAAUUACUCAGCUUGUAGCUGCUAUAAGUCAAGGUCUUAUUGCUGGAUCCCUUUAUUAUAAUACUCCUGAUUCAGUUAGUGGGGCCUUUUCAAGAGGUGGUGUUGUCUUUUUCGCAGCUUUAUAUGUUUCAUUAAUGGGCUUGGCCGAGGUUUCGGCCUCAUUUAGUAAUAGGAGUAUAUUAAUGAAGCAAAAAAACUAUUCUAUGUAUCAUCCAUCUGCUGAUGCAUUGGCUAGUGUUGUUACAUCUAUUCCAGUUACGUUGGUUGUUACGUUUUUGUUCGUGUUGAUUAUUUAUUUCUUGUCUAAUUUAGCUGCAGACGCAGGUAAAUUUUUCACCUGUGUCUUGUUCGUUUUCCUACUUUCAUUGACUAUGGCUGGGUUAUUCGAAGCAGUGGCUUCUUUGAACAAAACUAUAUCUGGUGCUAAUGCAAUAGCUGGUGUUUUGGUAUUGGCUUCCCUUAUGUAUUCAUCUUAUAUGAUUCAAAGACCUUCAAUGCAUCCUUGGUUUAAAUGGAUUUCGUAUAUUAAUCCUGUUUUAUACGCAUUUGAAGCAAUUAUUGCUACUGAAUUUCAUGGCCGUAAAAUGGAAUGUGAUGGAAUGUACUUGACACCAAGUGGACCAGGAUAUGAAAGCUUAGGUCGGGGUAAUCAAGUUUGUGCUUUCAAAGGUUCUGUUCCUGGUCAAAGUUGGGUUUCUGGAGAUAGAUAUUUAGAUGUUGCGUUUACCUAUAAGUUUUCUCAUGUAUGGAGGAAUUUUGGAAUUAUGAUAGGAUUCUUAGUAUUCUUCACUUGUGUGAAGGCUCUUGGUGUCGAGUUUAUUAGGCCAAUUAGUGGGGGUGGAGAUAGAUUAAUGUUUUUGAGAGGAAAAGUUCCUGAUUCUAUCGUUUUACCGCAAGAUAAAGGCCUGGAGUCUGGUGAUCUCGAGACUAACUCGUCAUCUUCAAAUACGUUAGAGAAAACUAACAACGUCGUUUCGGAAGAUAAGCUUAAAAUCUUUAAAAAUUUGAAGUCUAGAGAUGUAUUUGUUUGGAAGGAUGUGACUUAUGUUGUGAAAUAUGAUGGCGCGGACCGUACUUUGUUAGAUUCAAUUUCAGGAUAUUGUAUUCCAGGCACUUUGACAGCCCUAAUGGGUGAAUCUGGUGCUGGUAAGACUACUUUACUUAACACAUUAGCUCAACGUAUUGACGUUGGUGUUAUAACUGGUGAUAUGUUGGUGAACGGUAAGCCAUUAGAUUUGUCAUUUAGACGUCGUACCGGAUAUGUCCAACAACAAGAUAUACACGUAGAACUGUUAACUGUUAGAGAGUCCUUAAUUUUUUCAGCAAGGUUGAGACGAAUUAAUGAUUCAGACGAUGCUGAAAAGUUGGACUAUGUCGAAAAGAUCAUUAAAGCCUUAGAUAUGGAAGAUUAUGCAGAUGCCUUGGUUGGUAAAACUGGUGAUGGCCUUAAUGUCGAGCAGAAGAAAAAAUUAUCAAUUGGGGUUGAAUUGGUAGCAAAGCCUUCGUUAUUAUUGUUCUUGGAUGAACCAACGUCUGGUUUAGAUUCCCAGUCUGCUUGGGCAGUUGUUAAAUUAUUGCGUGAGUUAUCAAACGCUGGACAGUCUAUUUUGUGUACUAUUCAUCAGCCUUCAGCUACAUUAUUUGAAGAAUUUGAUAGAUUGUUACUUUUGAAAAAGGGUGGACAAACGGUUUAUUUUGGUGAUAUUGGUGAGCAUUCUAAUGUUAUACUUGAUUAUUUUGAAAGAAAUGGGGCAAGAAAAUGUGACGAUCACGAAAAUCCUGCUGAAUACAUUUUAGAAGCAAUCGGAGCAGGUGCAACUGCUACCGUUACUCAAGAUUGGUUUGAAACUUGGUCCAAUUCAUCAGAGAAGAGAGCGUCUGAUAUUGAACGGGACAGGCUAAUUGAAGAGUUAUCCGCGCAAGUACAAGAUGAUCAUGAUCCGAAGGAAUUGAAGCAAUUGAGAUCAACUUAUGCAGUCCCGUAUUGGUAUCAAUUUAGCAUUGUUGUUCGUAGAAAUGCAUUAACAUUCUGGAGAAACCCGGAAUACAUCAUGUCAAAACUUAUGCUUAUGACCAUGGCAGGUUUAUUCAUCGGGUUUACGUUCUUCGGUUUAAAGCAUUCUGUUACUGGUAUGCAAAAUGGUAUGUUCGCAGGAUUCUUAGCUGUUGUUGUAUCUGCACCUGUUAUUAAUCAAAUCCAAGAACAUGCCAUCAAGGGUCGUGAUUUGUUUGAAGGAAGAGAAAAGUUAUCAAAUACGUAUCAUUGGUCAUUAAUGAUAAUUGCUCAGUGUAUUAAUGAAUUGCCUUAUUUGAUAUUCGGAUCUACAAUUAUGUUCGUUUCAUUGUAUUUCCCAACACAAGCUGAUACAUCUGCUCCGCAUUCAGGAAUCUUUUAUUUGACCCAAGGUAUAUUUUUACAAGGUUUUGUUGUAACCUUUGGUUUAUUGAUUCUCUACAUUGCUCCAGAUUUGGAAUCAGCUGCAGUUUUAACAUCCUUCUUCUACACGUUUGUGGUUGCCUUUAGUGGUGUUGUUCAACCGGUAAAUUUGAUGCCUGGAUUCUGGACUUUUAUGAAUAAGGUAAGUCCAUAUACUUACUUCAUUCAAAAUUUGAUAACUUCGUUUUUACAUGGAAGAAAGGUUCAUUGCAGCAACGUUGAGCUUGCUUUUUUAAUCCUCCUUCCGGGCAGACAUGUCAGCAAUUUGCUGGUGACUUUGUCAAAGCCAGAGGAGGUUAUUUAUCUAACCCACAGGCCACGAAUGAAUGUGGAUACUGCACGUAUAGGGUUGCCGAUGAGUAUUUGA